AUGCCUGUGCGGCAGCAUGUGCGCCCGCGCCCGUGGAUCUCAGUCCGUGUGUUGACCUGUCAAAACCCUCGUCCCGACGGGAGACGCCACCAGUCUCUCCAUCCAUGGGGCUACACCAAGGAAUUUAAGCAGGGCCUUGAAUCGUGUUGGCGUAUGGUGAUGAACUGCAUGUGCGAAGGACACGCCAUCUACUGGCUGGGCCACUCAUCACCGUUCACCGUAGUAGCAAGGGCACUUUUUCCCACCCCUCCCUUCAUGUCAACAAUUCUCCAGCAGAGCUGA